AUGCUCUUUCUCAGUUUCCCAUCUGAAAUUUCAGCAAACCUCUAUUCUAUUUCCUCAACACCACCACCAAAGGAUCCAUACCAUUACUCAUCUCCUCCACCUCCACCAGUUCACACCUACCCUCAUCCACACCCAGUCUACCACUCUCCACCACCACCGGUUCACACAUACCCUCACCCACACCCAGUCUACCACUCUCCUCCACCACAAGCACCACACAAGAAGCCUUACAAGUACUCAUCUCCUCCUCCGCCGCCACCCAUGCACACUUACCCUCGUCUCCCCCCUAUCUACCACUCCCCAACACCACACAAGAAGCCAUACAAAUAUCCAUCACCACCACCACCACCUGUUCAUACCAACCCCCCUCACCCUCACCCGGUCUACCACUCUCCACCACCAUCAUCAGUUCACACCUACCCUCCUCAUGCUCCCCACCCAGUUUACCAUUCUCAUCCUCCUCCAGUCCAUUCUCCACCUCCACCACAUUAUUACUACAAAUCAUCUCCACCUCACCACUACUAG